AUGAGGUUUGAUAUGCAAUUAUUGAAGGCUGUUCUUAUGAUGUCAGUGAUCAACUUUGCGAUAGCAAUUGAAAACGUUUUAUUCAAGAAAAUGCUUGACGAUGGAGUUAACCGUAUGGUUGCCACUACGUACCGACUUAUCGUCGGGACUUUGUUCUUAACACCUUUUGCCACUUUUCUAGAAAGAAAGAAUAGACCGCAACUGACGGGCAAUAUAUUGUGUUUACUUUUCUUAAGUGCUCUCUUGGGGACAAGUUUAGGCCAAUAUUUCUUUCUUAUUGGAUUACAAUAUACAUCUUCAAAUUUUGCGCUAGCGUUUAGCAACAUGGUUCCCGCGGUCACGUUUGUGUUGGCUCUCGUCCUUAGGCAGGAGAUGAUUAAUAUCAAGAACAUUGUAGGAAAAGCCAAGGUGAUUGGUACAAUUAUCUCCAUAUGCGGAGCUUUGGUGUUGACAAUCUACAAAGGAACUCCUUUAAUUGAAAACUCUGGAACUCAAAUGCAAAUGAAAAAUCUUUCAGCUAGUACACAUAAUUGGGCAGUAGGAUCUGUAAUGCUAAUCAUAUCGGUCGCCUUUUGGUCAUCAUGGUUUAUCAUUCAAGCAAAAAUAAACCGGAAAUAUUCGUGCCAAUAUACGAGCACCGUGAUUCUCUCCUUUUUUGGUGUGAUCCAAUCUGCUCUAUUGAGUUUGAUCUCAGAGAGAAGCACAUCCAUGUGGGUUGUCAAAACAAAGUUCAACAUUUUAUCUAUAACUUAUGCAGGUGCAGCAUUGGGGUUAUGUUGUGUGGGAAUGUCAUGGUGUCUCCAACAGAGAGGACCAGUGUUCACUUCAAGCUUUAUUCCUCUAAUUCAAGUGUUUGCAUCAAUUUUAAGCUUCUCCUUUUUCCAUGAACAAAUCUACUGGGGAAGUGUGAUAGGGUCUCUGGUGGUGAUCAUUGGACUUUAUAUUCUUUUAUGGGGCAAAGGCAAGGAGAGAUUUGAAUCUGUAACCAUACAAGAUCAAUUAGAUGAAAAUGUUGAAGCUCGUGGGAGAGAUUUCAAGGAUCUCAAUAGUACUGCCAAUUCAACUUCUAACCAAAGUUAA